AGGACGCCGUCGCAGGGCGGGGGGUACGAAAGGGAGCCGGGUGUAGUCGGCUGUCGCCAACGGCUGUGGAGUGCGCUCGUUCAGACUUCGUUCUUCCUUCGGCAUGGCUGUGCCAAGAGUUCUCCUCCUCACUAUUCUUGGGGUGGAAGUAAAUGGCAAAUCCUCUGACAGUUUGGAGUCAGAGCUAGAAUGUUGCAUGGAUGCAAUGGAGGCCAAUACCACUUGCCUAGCCAACAACCAGUGCAGUCCAGGCUGCUAUAGGCGGUGGAACGAAGAUGGCAGCAGCAGCUGCAUUAAAUGUGAGAACGAAACGGUGGCCGCCACGCCAGUUUACAACCUGACCGAUUGCCGAAAUGAUGGUGCCAGAGGAAUGAAUUCUCAAACGAAUUUAAGUACCAUAACCCCAGUUACUCUCAGUGUCGGGGGACCAGAAGUAGCUGCUUCUCUUAUCUUUGGGACAUUCAUGAUUAGCCUCUUUCUCAUAUUGUGUGUCGCUUCGUUCUUCUACCUCAAGCGUGCCAAUAAGCUUCCAAACCUCUUCUACAGAAGAAGCAAAGCAUCUGUUGUACAGUCUGCUGAAUCAGCAUCAAUGUUAUCUCCACCUACUUCAGUCCGGAAACCCCGCUACGUCAGAAGAGAGAGAUCGCUCAUGACUUCCGGCACCAGCGCAACUAUAUCGGUGGAGACCAGAGUCAGCAACGUGUAGCAAGCCUGUCUUUGACCCCCAGAGGAUUUGUAAAUACUGGCGCAGCCAGUGCACUGAGCGCACACUCCGUCACCAGCAGAAGUGCCAGGAGAAUAACAACAAGGAAGUGGUCAGCUGGUAAGGGGGGGGGACAAAGUAGCAGGCAUGGUUGCGGCCAGUGGGUCUGUGCCAACGAAGUAUGGAAUGAAGAAAUGUGAACACAGAGUUUUAGCUUCAGUGGAGAGCCGGUUCAAUUAACUGUUCUCGGGCCGACUGCUGAUUCUGUUUUCUUGCCUGAAUCGUAGCCAAAGGCUCUGCUUCCCUUGGGACACUGCGAGUUCAGUGCACGACGACUGCAGCAGCAGCAUCUCUUUCUCUCUCUCUGGCUGUCAGAACGGAGGCCUCUGGCAGGCAGGCAACUGCAGCGCUGGGCCAUUUUUGAGGAGGCGAGCUGCCUCCAGCGCCCACUUCUCGAUGUCAAACACAAAAGUGCCAUGUUUUUUAAACGCCGGUGGGAAGCAUUUGGCAUCUCCUAAUGUGAGAUUUUACAGCCUGCCUUCAGGAGGCAGCGUUCUUAAGACUCCUAGCCAGAAACUGCUCUUCCCGUGUGCCAUGCAAGUCUUUUCCUUUUUUCCUUCUUUUUCUAAAGUGGGUUUUGAAUGAGGCCUUAAGCUCGAUGCUGUGCUUCCAUCGCCGAGCUGUUUAAAAGACUUGUUUUGCUGGCUGCAUUCCAUGAUAGUGGGCAGCAGAUUUCCUCCUCCUCCGUGAAGCAAGGUUGAACUUUCUUAAGACUGAUCACUUGAGUGCUGCUCCCAACUCUAGGCAGCGCUGCGAGCUUUUGGUCUGUGGGCUUGCCAGCUCAGGUAGGCAAGAAUUUUCUCCGUGGCCAAGCCAUUGUGAGUAUGAAGUCAGCUGUGUCAAGGGUCUGCACGCCUCUCAUCCCCAAAUGUUCAUAUAUGCGAGGAUUGCAAAACACUGAAAGGAUUGAUCCAUUCUUUUUUCUUGUACCACUCAUUGUACUACUCCCCAAGUAGUUGCUACAACAUCAGAGUGAGGCCAGCUGCAUACUGCUAGACUGCAAUUCCCCUCAUCCCUGACCGUUGGUCAUGCUGGCUGGGGCAGAUGGGAGUUGCAGAUCAGCAACAUAUGGAGGGCACCCCUGCUUUAGAUAAUGCCCGGUGCCCCCACCUUUUUUUAGGGGUCAAGAUGGAGUUUCACAAAGCAAUGAGUCCAUGUUUCGUGUCUCCCUAAAAACCAAUAAACUCACUUUCCGUGCCCCGUUGGUCUAUAUCCUGCAUGGAUUUCACACCCGAGGGUCAUUCUUCGACCGCUUCCUCACAGUCAAAGGGUCAUUCCUGCCUAUCUUGGAGGAUAUAGGAGUGGGACAUAGCUGGCUCCAACCCUUGGCUUUUAAUGAGUUAAUAUGGAGCUUUUAAUUGCUGGGGAAAUUUGGGCAUGUCCUCGUUCUCUUCAAGAAAUAUAAUCAAUUGUUUUCAUCCUCAUCAGGAUGAAUAAGGGUAGUAUCUGUUGUGGCAGGGGGCGGGGGACGCUCACCGCCCUGAGCUUCUUGAUGCCACAUGUCGCGUGUUUUGGCAGCCAGCAUUGAAAUGAAGCCAUGCAAGGAGGUUUCUCUAACGUAUCAGCCCCUAAGGAAGAUGUUGCGGUACAGAGCCAUCCUCCAAAGGCAAACCAUCUCCUCCUUAUAGGAGAGCUCCUCGUGCUCAACUUUGCCUAUAUGUAUCUUAUUUAAAAAGAAACAGGUGCCAUGAAGUUCGGGGGGGUGGGUGUUAUAUGUUAGAUUCUCUUCUCCCUCCACCCCUACUCCCCGCCUGCGUGCCCCUUAUGAUCUCCUUGGGCUUCUCAGAUCCCCACAGGUGGAAACAUGACUAAGAAGAAACCAGUGGAGGUUCCAAAACUCUUUUUAUUUUCUGGGUACGCACUUCACUAUGCAACGAUGCUAUAGAAAGAAAUAUCCCCCUGCCCUCAGAAGCAACCUCUCUCUUUUUGCCAGAUAGGCGACAAACAAAUUAAAUAUUAUUAUUAUUAUUUAUUUAAUGAUACUUUCCUCCCUUGUGCAUUUGUGGCUUAAUUUAGAUUAGUUGUUCUCCCCUCCAACCCACCCCGGGCAUAGUUCUGACAAAAGCCCUUCUUCUGGCUAUGCUGUCUGAUGCCUGCCUUGGCCACCCCCCCCCACACACAAAGCAUAUGCCUUUCAUUUCUAGUAGAUGGCAAAAGAUGUGUGCUUAUUUCUUACUUAAGAUGAUUUUAGUGUGUUAUCACACCAUCAAAAGCAGGGAAAGCUCUUCUUACUGCCGGCGUUACUUGGGGGGAAUUUGCAUCUUAUGUUUGGCCGUUCCACUGGGUAUAGAUGAGCAGGCUGCCUUUUUUUUUUCUUGCACUGUUGUGUCAAAGGCAAAGUGUAUCUUUGCGUACGCUUUUUUUUACCCCUACUUUUUUCCUUCACUGGCUUUAAUAAAAGCACACAAAGUUCUGAGUUCAGCGUAUUAAUGUUAAAGCUCACUGGUUUUAUCACUCGGGCCUAAUUUUGCUGAACAUGGAAA